AUGGCGGUGGACUGGGUGGAGAAAGAUAAACACGUUGCUGAUUAUGUCUACUUUGAAAAUUCUUCAAGUAACCCAUAUUUGAUACGAAGAAUAGAAGAACUCAAUAAGACUGCCAAUGGAAACGUGGAAGCAAAGGUGGUUUGUUUCUACAGAAGAAGAGACAUAUCAAGUACACUUAUUGUACUGGCAGACAAACAUGCAAGAGAAAUGGAAGAAGAGAUGGAAAAUCCAGAAAUGGUUGACUUGCCAGAGAAGCAGAAGCAUCAGCUGCGACACCGUGAAUUGUUUCUCUCACGACAGCUGGAAUCUCUGCCAGCCACGCACAUUAGAGGCAAAUGCAGCGUUACUCUGUUAAAUGAGACAGAAUCCCUUAAAUCAUAUUUGGAACGGGAGGAUUUCUUCUUUUAUUCGCUGGUGUAUGAUCCUCAACAAAAGACCCUACUUGCUGACAAAGGAGAAAUUCGAGUUGGCAACAGAUACCAGGCAGACAUAACAGACUUACUAAAAGAGGGCGAGGAUGAUGGAAGAGACCAGUCGAAACUUGAAACAAAAGUUUGGGAAGCCUUUAACCCCCUGGUAGACAAGCAGAUAGACCAGUUUCUGGUGGUGGCACGGUCUGUUGGUACAUUUGCCCGAGCCCUGGAUUGCAGCAGUUCUGUCAGGCAGCCAAGCUUGCACAUGAGCGCUGCGGCGGCCUCCCGGGACAUCACGCUGUUCCACGCUAUGGACACUUUGCACAAAAAUGUCUACGACAUUUCCAAGGCCAUCUCUGCGCUCGUGCCACAGGGUGGGCCGGUCCUGUGCAGAGAUGAGAUGGAGGAGUGGUCUGCUUCAGAGGCAAACCUCUUUGAGGAGGCACUAGAAAAAUACGGAAAAGAUUUCACUGACAUUCAGCAAGAUUUUCUCCCGUGGAAGUCCUUAACAAGCAUAAUAGAAUAUUAUUAUAUGUGGAAAACUACAGACAGAUACGUUCAGCAGAAACGAUUGAAAGCAGCAGAAGCAGAGAGCAAGCUAAAACAAGUGUAUAUACCCAACUAUAACAAGCCAAACCCCAACCAGAUCAAUGUAAAUAAUGUCAAGCCGGGAGUGGUAAAUGGUACUGGAGUGCAGGCACAGAACGCGGGAGCAGGACGGGCCUGUGAGAGCUGUUAUACCACACAGUCUUACCAGUGGUAUUCUUGGGGUCCCCCUAACAUGCAGUGUCGCCUCUGUGCAUCCUGUUGGACCUACUGGAAGAAAUACGGUGGCUUGAAAAUGCCAACACGGUUAGAUGGAGAGAGACCAGGACCAAACCGCAAUAAUUUGAGUCCUCACGGAGUGCCAGUGCGAAACAGUGGGAGCCCCAAGUUUGCUAUGAAGACCCGACAAGCUUUUUAUCUCCAUACAACCAAACUGACGAGAAUUGCCAGACGUUUAUGUCGAGAUAUCCUGCGCCCUUGGCACGCCGCAAGACACCCCUAUCUGCCAAUUAACAGCGCGGCAAUCAAAGCAGAGUGCACAGCACGUUUACCGGAGGCAUCGGAAAAUCCGUUGCUAUUAAAGCAAGUGGUUCGAAAGCCUUUGGAAGCAGUGCUCCGCUAUUUAGAGUCUCAUCCAUGUCCUCCGAAACCAGAUCCUGCAAAGAGUUUGUCCAGUUCACUCAACAACCUGACGCCUGCUAAGUUUACACCUGUCAUUAAUAAUGGGUCCCCGACUAUCCUGGGAAAAAGAAGUUACGAACAACACAAUGGAAUGGAUGGCAACAUGAAGAAGCGCCUGUUGAUGCCUAGCAGGGGAACUUACUUAGGUCUGCCUAACCACGGACAAACCAGACAAAUGGGACCAAGCCGAAACUUGCUGCUCAAUGGGAAAUCAUACCCAACAAAAGUCCGAUUAAUUCGUGGUGGAUCCAUGCCUCCGGUGAAAAGGAGGAGGAUGAACUGGAUUGAUGCACCAGACGAUGUUUUUUACAUGGCCACUGAAGAAACCAGGAAAAUCCGCAAGCUGCUUUCCUCCUGCGAAGCCAAGCGCGCCGCCCGCCGCCCCUACAAGCCCAUCGUGCUGCGGCCCGCGCCGGCCGUGCCGCUGCGGCAGCCCGUCAACGACGAGCCCAUCGUCAUCGAGGACUGACGGAGCCUCCCGUGGCGCGGCCGCGGCGCCCGCGGAGCCAGGGCUCGGCCGGAGGGGCCGCUUCCGAGGGACUGCUCGGCAUCUUCRGAACCCUUGAAAGGAACUCGGCCCCGCUCUGAGCCUCUGACCACAGACUGCUCUCUCUUGCGCGCGCUCUCUCCUCCUCCUCUUUCUUUCUUUCCU